AUGGAGGAGGAGGGCAAGAAAGUGAAGAAGCGGUCCGGGACAGAGGAGGUGCCCCAACGGUGUGUGGGAAGCUCAGCCUCCGUCCUCCAGGGCCCCAUCAACACUGCGGUGGAGGUGGUCCCGAGCCGGGACAGCUUGGGGCGUGCUGCCUGCUGGAAGAAACAACGCCUUUCCUUCCCUCCGGCGCCUCUUGGCCUGGCCGCCGCAGCGAGGGCUUGCCUCCAAACCCGGGACCCAGCAGACGGCCUCGAACCGGGCCCGCGGCUGUUGGGGCGUCUGCCCAGGGAAGAGACCCCCGGGAUCAGUUUAGGGACAAGACGUUUCCGAGCCUGUGGGUUGACCCGCUUGUGCCAGUCUCCCUCACGCUCACCCUCAUUUCCUCUGCAGGAUGUUGAGGGACUGGAUGUGGGUGUGGCUCCUGGAAUUGUGUCGCCAUUUAAACGCGUGUUCCUCAAAGGUGAAAAGAGCCGAGAUAAGAAAGCCCAUGAGAAGGUGACGGAGAGGCGCCCUCUGCACACUGUGGUGCUGUCAUUGCCUGACCGCGUCGAGCCAGACAUACUGCUGAAUGACUACAUCGAAAAGGAAGUGAAGUACUUGGGUCAGUUAACUUCCAUACCAGGAUACCUGAAUCCCUCCAGUAGGACUGAAAUUCUGCAUUUUAUAGACAAUGCAAAGAGGGCUCAUCAGCUCCCUGGACAUCUGACCCAGGAGCACGAUGCUGUGAUCAGUCUCUCUGCCUACAAUGUUAAGCUAGCGUGGAGAGACGGCGAAGACAUCAUCCUCAGGGUCCCCAUCCAUGACAUUGCUGCAGUCUCCUAUGUCCGGGACGAUGCGGUGCACCUGGUGGUCCUGAAGACAGCCCAGGACCCCAGCGUCUCCCCCAGCCAGAGUCUGUGCGCAGAGAGCUCCCGUGGCCUGGCGUCCAGUUCGCUGUCAGGCAGUGGUGUGGUACCCGUCGAAGCGUGCUGCUUGGUCAUCCUGGCUGUGGAGAGCAAAGGAGCUGCGGAAGAGCUGUGCUCGCUGCUGUGCCAGGUCUUCCAGAUUGUUUACACGGAGUCGACCAUCGACUUUCUGGACAGAGCAAUAUUCGAUGGAGCCUCGACACCCACCCACCACCUCUCCCUGCACAGCGAUGACUUGUCCACCAAAGUGGACAUCAAAGAAUCCUAUGAGACUGAGGCCAACACUUUCUCGUUCCCUGACCCUAUGGAUGUGUGUGGCUUCUCAUCCUUGUCCUGCAUGACGCCACCACCCCACCUCAAGACAGCCAGCGAGACUGAGCUGAGCACCACAGCCACCGAGCUUCUGCAGGACUACAUGCUGACACUGCGCACCAAACUGUCAUCCCAGGAGAUCCAGCAGUUUGCCAUGUUGCUGCAUGAGUACCGCAAUGGGGCCUCCAUCCACGAGUUCUGCAUCAACCUGCGGCAGCUCUAUGGGGACAGCCGCAAGUUCCUGCUGCUGGGUCUCCGCCCUUUCAUCCCUGAGAAGGACAGCCAGCACUUUGAGAACUUCCUGGAGACCAUCGGCGUUAAGGACGGUCGGGGCAUCAUCACAGAUAGUUUCGGCAGGUACCGACGGGCAGCCAGUACAGCCUCCAGCUCCACCACCAAUGGUAACAGGGCCGCAGGCAGCUCCGACGACCAGUCCCUGCCCUCUGAAGGAGACGAGUGGGACCGCAUGAUCUCGGACAUCAGCAACGACAUUGAGGCCCUCGGCUGCAGCAUGGACCAGGACUCUGCGUGA